AGACAAGGCAAGCCACCCCAUACAUCAAGCAAUCUCUUUCCAUCUAUUACUGAUGAAGACGGCUGGCGACUUUCUUUUCACUGCUUGCUACGUUCUUAUGAAUGUCACACCCCCAUUGGCGUGCCGUAGGAACGUGGUACUUGUCUUCCUUCUAUGGCUACCGGAAAAAGAACGGCUUUCCCGGAGGCCGAAACCCCAAUUCUGCAACACCAUUUCGUUGACGGCUCCGUGAAUUACAAGGGCCAUCCUGCCACCCGAUCCAGAUCCGGUCGGUGGAGAUCAGCUUCUUUCAUCAUAGUUGUGGAGAUGGCAGAGAGAUUUGCGUACUAUGGGAUAGGUUUGAACCUCAUGAGCUAUCUGACUGGCCCGCUCGGCCAGUCCACGGCUACAGCCGCCGAGAAUGUGAAUGCCUGGACCGGAACGGCGUCGCUUUUGCCUCUCUUGGGUGCUUUUCUGGCCGACUCUUUUCUGGGUAGAUACUGGACCAUUGUCAUCGCCUCCGUAUUAUAUGUCAUGGGACUGGGCUUCUUAACCCUAUCAGCUGCUCUUCAUUCAAAGUCUUUCAACUGUCAAAGUGCUAAAGAUAACGGCACAUGCUCUCCUUCUCAAUUUGAAGUUAUCUUCUUUUUCUUUUCUCUUUACCUGGUGGGACUAGCUCAAGGUGGGCACAAGCCUUGUGUGCAAGCUUUUGGAGCAGACCAAUUUGAUACUCAAGAUCCACAGGAGAAUAAAGCCAAAAGCUCAUUUUUCAACUGGUGGUAUUUCGGAAUGAACUUUGCCAUUAUUGUGGCACUCUUGGUUUUAACCUAUAUACAAGACUACCUUAGUUGGGGCCUUGGGUUUGGAAUCCCUUGUAUCAUCAUGGGUGUUGCACUUGCUACUUUUUUAUUUGGUACUGUCACUUAUCGUUUUCGACAAAAUGGUGAUAAUAAAAACCCAUUUGUGAGAAUUGGACUCGUGUUUGUUUAUGCUGCUACAAAUCGCAAAGCCAGCACAACUAAUAUAUUAACGGAGCUCGAGGUUCUAGGCGUUCUACGAAACAAGGGAUCUCAACAAUUCAUUGCUUGGGUAACAUGCUAGGAUGGACUAUAAGGUGGUGUCCAACUGCAUUUAUUAAUCGUGAGUAACUUUGUCUUGUUGCGACCACUGGGGCCAAUUUCUCUGAUUUACAACUGAUAGGGACCCGGACGCUCCUAAUAAGAAUAAUAAAUCUGGUUCCUAACAUCAACCUUCACAUCCUGAAGCUAAGGUGCGAGAAGUCGCUUUUUAACCAAAGGCUAAAAGCUUACACGAGCAACUCAAUAUGACUAAGACACAAAAAAGAACACAAACUUUAUGAUUUGUUUGCUCCAAUUAGCAACAAUCUUGUUGGAAUGAUUAGUGACCCCACAUCGGCUAAAUAUAGAAGUCCACUUCGACUAAAUAUAGAACUAGAAAUUUACAUGUUCCUUAACAAAGCACUGAUUGCUCCUGAUGGCUCAAAGGGAUAUGGGAAAGCUUCUAGUAUGGAUGAGGUCGAAGAGGCAAAAUCAAUUCUCAGAUUGGCUCCAAUAUGGGUGACAUGUUUGGGAUAUGCUCUUGUGUUUUCACAGACAUCCACCGUAUUCACCAAACAAGGAGCAACCAUGAAUAGAUUUAUUGGCUCCAAUCUUGAAGUACCAGCCGCUGCAUAUCAAUGUUUCAUUUGCAUUUCAGUAGUUGUAUUUAUGCCAAUAUAUGAUCGUGUUUUGGUCCCUUUCACAAGAACUAUAACCGGGAGACCCUCGGGUAUAACUAUGCUUCAAAGAAUAGGAACGGGGAUGGUCUUUUCUAUAUCAUCCAUGGUGGUUGCAGCUAUAGUUGAGAAGAAACGCCUUCAGACUGCUUUGGACUAUGGGUUGAUUGACUCACCAGGGGCAACACUUCCCAUUAGCGUGUGCUGGUUAAUUCCUCAGUAUACAUUGGUUGGUAUUUCUGAAGCAUUCAGCAUGGUUGGUCUGCAAGAGUUUUUCUAUGAUCAAAUGCCAUCUGAGUUGAAAAGCAUUGGCCUUUCCUUGUACCUCAGCAUCUUUGGCGUGGGAAGUUUCCUAAGCAGCUUUCUGAUCUCUAUUAUUGACCAGACCAGUAGCAGAGGUGGGGGAGACAGCUGGUUUUCAGACAACUUGAAUCGUGCACAUCUUGACUACUUCUAUUGGCUUCUUGCUGGACUUAGUACGAUGACCUUUGCCGGAUACUUGUACUUUUCAAGAUUGUACAUCUACAAAAAAGCAAAUUUUAUAUAAAGGGCUUGGGAAUGUAAUUGAAUAUGUCAUCUGCACACAUAUAUGUAUAUCUAUUAUUGUAGUACAGUACGUAGUAAGAAUCAAUACAAUGACUUCAUUUUGUGAUUCCCGCGUGUGCAAAUUUGUGGUAAUGUUUACAUUUUACAACAUAAAUUAUCUGUACCCUGAUCGAGAAGAAUAUUUCUGAUUCAGUCAGUUUUUGGGGUUUCCAGAUUUCCCCCAAAUCUACCUGUUAUCAAU